CACUUUUGGAUACAAAAUUUAUGCGAUGAUACUAGAAGAUAAGUUAAGGAAGGAAACAGAAAGACUAUGGAUUCUUCCAGAAACGCAAGCGGGAUUUAGGAAGGGGAGAAGUAGUAUAGACAACAUAUUCACACUAAAAACAGCGACAGAAAAAGUGAUAUCAAAAGAAAGAAGGAAGCUGUACGUAUUCUUUGCAGACCUAAAGGCGGCUUUCGAUAAGGUGAACAGAAAGAAACUAUGGAAGGUACUAGAAGAAUAUGGCAUCAACAAAAGAUUAAUUGACAGAAUAAAAGAUAUCUAUGAAGAGACAAUUAGUAGAGUAAUCAUGGGGGACAAGUGUACAAGCAGUUUCAGGACAGAGAGAGGAUUGAGGCAAGGGUGCCCACUCAGCCCACUUCUCUUCAUAAUAUUCAUCGCAAACGUUGAAGAUUUCUUAAAGAAAAGACAGAACGGAGGGAUUAAAAUAGGAAGAAAGAGAAUACACAGUUUAACGUAUGCAGAUGAUCUAGCAAUGAUGGCGGAAACGGAAAAAGAAAUGAAGAAAAUGAUGAAGAGCCUAGAGAGAUAUCUGGAAGAAAAAGAAUUAAUACUGAAUGCAGACAAAUCGAAAAUGUUGGUUAUUUGUAAGAAAGAAAAAGUAAAACAAGAAAGAAGAUGGAGAUGGAAGAGCGAAAUAAUAGAAGAGGUCAAAGAAUUUAAAUAUCUGAGAUUUACAUUUAACAAAUGCAACACGGACGAGGCGCACAUAAAAGAUGUAGUGAAAAGAGCAGCAGCAGCCAUGGCGCAGAUAUGGGGAAUAGGAGAAAGGAAAUUUGGAGAAGAUUACGGCAGAAGAAUGUUAAUGUUCAAUAUCAUGGUCAAAAGCAUACUGUUAUAUGGAGUGGAAAUAUGGGGAUGGAGAGAAUGGAAGGAAAUAGAAACACUACAAGAAAGAUAUAUAAGAUGGAUGCUAGGACUAGAUAGAUGCACACCAGGCUAUAUAGUGAGAGAAGAGACAAAAACAGAACAAAUCAGUAUAGAAGCAGGAGGAAGAGUAUUAAAGUACCAAGAAAAGAUAAAGAGAGAAACAGAAAAUAAGAUAUUAAAGGAGUGCAGGAGAGAGAUCAACAAUACAGAAUGGGAGAAAACACAAUGGGGCAGAAGGAUGAAGAUGUUCUACGAAGAAGGCAGAACAAGUCAAUGGACAAGAGAGGCAAGAGAGGAUUUAGGAGCAAACACGGUGGAAGAAUGGAUGAAUAUCUACAGGGAAAGGAAACUGGAGGAAAGAAGGAGGAAGGUGGAAGAAUCAAAAUCAACAAAGGAAUACAAAAGAUGGAAGACGGAAGGAAGAGCAAGAUACUUAGACCAGAAGGGAAAAGGCAGGAAGAUAAAAACCAUAGCAAGGUUUAGGUGCGGAAAUGAAUGGAAAGGAAAUAGAUACUGGGAGGAAGAAAGCAGGAAAACGUGCAGAUUAUGCGGAGAGGAAGAAACUUGGCAACACAUACUGAAGGAAUGCCCAGAAUCCAGAACAACUAAGACCGAAGAAUCGAUAAUGGCAGAAGAGGGAGAAGGAAUAGAAUGGAUGUUGGAGUUAUGUAACAGAAGGAAGGAGGGAGAAAGACGGAAGAAAAAAGAAACAAGAUAAUUAAAGGCAUACAA